AUGUCUCGGGCUGUUCAUCUUCCAAUCCCCUGUCCUGUUCAGCUUGGUUCGUUAAGAAAUGACUCCUUGGAAGCACAGCUUCAUGAGUAUGUCAGACAGGGGAACUACGUGAAAGUGAAGAAGAUUCUUAAGAAAGGAAUUUGUGUUGAUGCAGUAAACUCUCUCGGCCAGACAGCACUUUUCAUUGCAGCAUUAUUAGGCCUUACAAAAUUAGUUGAUGUCCUGGUGGAUUAUGGAUCAGAUCCAAAUCACCGCUGCUUUGAUGGGAGCACUCCUGUCCAUGCAGCAGCAUUUUCAGGCAAUCAGUGGAUCCUCAGCAAACUGCUGGAUGCAGGGGGUGAUCUUCGACUGCACGACGAGAAGGGUCGAAACCCGCAGACCUGGGCCCUGGCAGCAGGGAAGGAGCGCAGCACCGCGAUAGUGGAGUUCAUGCAGCGCUGUGCCGCGCACAUGCAGGCCAUCAUCCAGGGCUUCUCCCGUGACCUCCUGAAGAAGAUCGACUCCCCUCAGCGGCUCGUCUGUGGCCUGCCCCGGUUUGGGGGCCUCAUGCAGGGAAGCCCUAACAGCUCUCCUAAUCGACUGCUUAAAGCUGGAGUCGUUUCUGCCCAAAAUAUCUACAGCUUCGGCUUUGGAAAGGCCUGGCUUUGCUUUCAGUUUUAUCUCACAGGGGGCACACAGCUAGCCUAUCUAGGAUCUCUUCCGGUAAUUGGCGAAAAGGAAGUGAUUCAAGCUGAUGAUGAGCCUACCUUCUCUUUCUUCAGUGGUCCCUACAUGGUCAUGACCAACCUGGUGUGGAACGGAAGCAGGGUCACAGUGAAGGAGCUACAUCUUCCCACCCACCUGCACUGCAGAAGGCUGCGACUGGCUGACUUGCUACUUGCUGAGCAAGAACACAGCAGCAAGUUGCGGCAUCCCCACCUGCUGCAGCUGAUGGCUGUGUGCCUGUCCCAGGACCUGGAGAAGACCCGCCUCGUGUACGAGCGCGUCACUGUCGGCACGCUGUUCGGUGUCCUCCAUGAACGGCGGGCGCAGUUCCCCGUGCUGCACAUGGAGGUGAUCGUGCACCUGCUGCUCCAGAUCUCCGACGCACUGAGGUACCUGCAUUCUCGGGGCUUUAUCCACCGUUCCCUCAGCUCCUACGCCAUCCACAUCGUCUCCACAGGGGAAGCGAGGCUGACCAACCUGGAGUACAUGAUGGAAAGCCAAGAUGGAGGUGUACAGAAGGACCUGACUCGAGUACCCAUCCCCACCCAGCUGUACAAUUGGGCUGCCCCGGAGGUGAUCUUACAGAAGGCAGCCACAGUGAAGUCAGACAUCUACAGCUUUUCUAUGAUCAUACAGGAGAUUUUAACAGACAACAUACCCUGGGAUGGCUUAGAUGGCUCAGUUAUUAAAGAAACCAUAGUCUUGGGAAAUUAUUUAGAAGCUGAUGUCAGGCUUCCGAAACCUUACUAUGAUAUUGUUAAGUCAGGCAUCCAGGUCAAGCAGAAAGACCGAACUAUGAACCUUCAAGAUAUCCGGUAUAUUCUGAAGAAUGACUUAAAGGAUUUUAUUGGAGCCCAGAGAACUCAGCCAACCGAGAGCCCCAGGGUGCAGAGAUACAAACUCCAUCCUGAUGUCAAUGUCUAUCUAGGACUGACUUCAGAACAUCCAAAAGAGACCCCUGACUUGGAAAUAAAAGAGCUGAAGGAAACGGGUAGUCAGCUUCAUUCACCAAGGGGUCACUCUUCUCCCACCGAGAAAGCAACACCAGCGCCUCUGGUCCCAGACCCAAGUCCGGAGGCCCAAGAGACUCAGAACCAAAACGCUGCUUCUCCUGCUUGUUCUGUGGCGGAAGAGGCCAGGAGCCCCAGCCCAGGUCAGGAGAGCCUCUGCAGCUUCGAAAUCAACGAAAUCUACUCAAGCUGCCUGGACAUAGGAGAUGACAAAGAGGAAGAGCCCCCAGGAGCUGGCUCAUCUCUUGAGAGGGCCAGACAAAACCAGAUAGAUGAACUGAAGUCCAUGGAAGAAGAGUUGGAAAAGAUGGAGAGAGAGGCGUGCUGUUUUUGCGAUGAGGAUGAGAGCUCUUUGGAAGCUGACAUGGAGCUGUCCUUUGAGGACUGGGACUGGCAGAAUGGUUCGCUUAGUUCACCCGGCCUGCCUGAGCCAUCCAGCGGAGCCACGGGCAACGUGAGCAACAGGUCCAUGACCGAGGAGUACAUCAGUAAGUGUGUGCUGAAUCUAAAGAUUUCACAGACCUUAAUGCACCAGAAUGCCGAUUUGCUGAGGAAUGUUCAACAGAAAAUAGAUAAACUUGAGAUGAUACAGAAGGAGCAGGAGGAGCGCAGGUCUUUGUGGGCUUCUUUGAGAGAGUUUGCAAACGUCUAUGACUCACCUUCAGCCCUGGGCCCCCCAGCUUCAAGCUAUGUUCCUCCUGUCAUGCAGCUGCCAGGGGACCAGCAGCUGGACACUGGGGGCAACUGCCCGACCCUAGCGAGGUCUCCAAGAAAGUUGCCAACUCUUUGUGGCCCUGGAAAACAAAACAGAGGUGAACAAUUUCAGCCCAUUCCCGGAGCCAAGGACAGUUUGGAAAGAAACAGGAACCAAAAUACCAGCAGCCAGGGAAGGCCUAGAGAGUCCAGUGCUCGAACCAAAGUGACACAGCUCAGUAAUGCACUCCUCACUGUGCCAAGCCACCCACAGGGACCACCUACAUCAUUCAGCCCUGGCCAGGGCCCUACCAGGAUCAGUAUGGAAUCUGUGUCUUCUGAAAUCUAUAAUGCAAAGUCAAGAAAUAAUGAAGAUAAUGGAGACAUACACUUAAAAUGGAAAACGGAGGUGAAAGAAAUGGCAGAGAAAGCAGCUACUGGGCAGCUGGUGGUACCUCCUUGGCAUCCUCAGAGUAGUGUGACGUUAGAAAAUGAGACUGAAAACGAGCCUGAUCCCCUGCUGCAGCUCCCUGCUAGGAUCCCUGAGCACGUGGAUUGGCAGCGAGCUGUCGAGUAUCCCAAGAAAAACCACGAGCCAGGAGGAAGUGGCAAAACAGACAGCAGUGACCACAACAGUGACCAGCAUGGCAGACAGCCAGGGCCUCAAAGUUCUCCCAGUAUCAGGCACCUGCCCCCCAGAAAAAAUGAGCAGCCAGAGCAUAGUGAAGUCUUUCAAGCAAAUUCUGAUGCAUCUGUGGUUGUUGAGAAGUCUUACAGCGAUCAGUCUGUGCAAUCAACUUGUUCACCAGAGUCUUCUGAGGACAUAACUGAUGAAUUUCUAACUCCAGACCAUGAAUAUUUUUACUCUUCAACUGCUCAAGAAAGCUUGGCUCCAGAGGCCUCAAGUCCCAUUGAAGAAGACUUUGAAGGAGUACAGCCUGCUUGUGCCCACCCUCAAGCCUCUGGUGAAGAAAAGUUACAAAUGAGAAAAAACCUUGGAAAGAAUGCUGAAAUUUUGACCAGGUCUCAAUUCCAACCUAUACAAAGUACUGGAGGCGAACAAGAGGAAACAUUAAAGGAGUCACCAGAGGAAAUGAAAGAGAAAGACAUAUCAUUGACAGACAUUCAAGACCUGUCUAGUAUCCCCUAUGAACAAGACAGUUCUUUUAAGGAAGUCACAUGCAAAACACCCAAAAUAAACCACGCACCUACAAGUGUCAGCACUCCGCUCAGCCCAGGGUCAAUUUCUUCAGCUGCUAGCCAGUAUAAGGACUGCCUUCAGAGUAUCACAUUUCAGGUUAAAACAGGGUCUGCUUCGUGCUGGAGCAGUCAAGAAUCUAUUCAAACUUUGUCUGAUAAAUUUACAACUGUCCGAGAGAAAGCAAAGAGCCUAGAUUCCCUUCUUACUUCCUCUGAAACUCUUCCUUCAAGACUCACUAAUCUCAAAAGAUUGCCUGCGUUUACUGGGGCUGGUUCCUCCAGCAUUGCUAAGGCACCUGACACGUCAUUCUGUGCCACUCAGAGAAGCAGCCUGCCAAAAGUAGAAGCCAUCUCACAACAUCACAUUGAUGAGCUACCACCACCAUCUCAGGAGCUUCUUGAUGAAAUUGAGCACCUGAAGCAGCAGCAGGCCUCAUCCAUAGUGUUGGAUGAGAACACAGCAGGUCAUCUGGGUAUCGCUGCAAAUGAUCAAAGGCAUUUAGAAGAACAAGAAACUAACAGUAAUACAGAAGACAGCAGUAUUUUUUGGACCGAAGAAACUCAGGAUCUAGAAGAGGACACAGAGAGAGCUCACUCUACUCUUGAUGAGGAACUGGAAAGAUGGCUGCAGCUGCCUGAGGACAGCACGGAGCUGCAGGACCUCCCAGAGGGCUCAGCAAGGGAGAAAAAUACCCAAAAUCAAGAAAUUGGUGAAAAGAAGAGAAAAGAGGAAGAAAGCAUCAAGCCAGAGAGCUUUUUAGGGACUUCUGAAGAAGAGGAACUAAAACCCUGUUUUUGGAAGCGACUGGGUUGGUCCGAACCAUCAAGGAUAAUCGUGCUGGAUCAGAGUGACUUGUCAGACUGACUGGAAUUGGACCACAGAUGGACUCCUGCCUGAGUUUGCGUGUGCUGCUCGGGAGCUCCCUUCUUCCUUCAUCUGCUCCCGCCACCGAUGGGGCAGUGGUUCCAUAGCUCACGCUUUGUUCAGCCGCCACAAUAGACAGAACGACUUGUU